AUGGAUCUCAAGGGCCGCCAAUCCUUGUACAUCCUGCUGUUUCUCUUCCUGGAUUUUGAGCUAAGCUGUGGAGCAGGUCGACAACUAGUGAAGUGUCCCAAGGUAAUCCAGAAGUUGGGGAGCAAUGUAAUGCUACCCCUGGAGUAUGAAGGGAAAAAUAAGAACAUAAGCAAGAGCAUCCGCAUCCUUGUCACCAUGGAAACGUCACCACUUGGAAGCACCAUCCAGAAGAAAAUAGUAUCUCUUAAUCCAUCUGAAGGAAGCUCUCCACCCAAACUAGAAGGGUAUAAAUUUCACCUGGAAAAUCUGACGCUGGAGAUCCUAGAAAGCAAGAAGGAGGAUGAAGGCUGGUACACUUUGACCCUGGAGCAGAACACUUCUGUAGAGCUAUUUUGUCUGCAACUGAAGCUUUAUGAGGAGGUCUCCACUCCAGAGAUUAAGGUGUUAAACCGGACACAGGAGAGCGGGAACUGCAGUCUGAUGCUGGCCUGUUCGGCAAAGAGAGGGGACCAUGUGGUUUACAGCUGGAGCACGGAGACAGAUGUCCCUCUACUGAGCCUGGCCAACAGCUCCCACCUCCUGUACCUCACCCUCGGCCCUCAGUAUGUCAGCACUGUGUACGUCUGCACCGCUAGCAACCCCAUCAGCAACCGCACCCAGACCUUCCUCCCAUGGCCCAUUUGCAACCCAAAUGUUCCAGAACCAAAUCCAUGGGCAGCAUGGAUUGUAUGCCUGUCCAUAGGUGCCAUCGUUGUUGCCAUGAUUAUCUAUGUGAUAAUACAACUGGUGAGAAGAAGAGGUAAAGCAGGUCUUGCCCAGCCGGCUGUGGAAGCAAAAAGCCUGACGAUCUACGCCCAAGUCCAGAACUCAGGUGCUGUUCAGAAGACACCUGAGUUCCUGCCAGCUCAUGACCCCUGUACCACUAUUUACGUUGCUGCCGCUGAGCCUAUCCCAGAUCCUGUUCCAGAGCCUGUCCAGGACCCAAACUCCAUCACAGUCUAUGCCAGUGUGACCCUUCCGGACAGCUGACACCACAGAUCCAAG